ACAACAAAUGAGAUUAGAGAUUUAAACACAAAAUUGAAUUCCUUCAGGUCCCAUAAAUCAUAAACCCUGAUAUAUUACAUUUUUUAAAAUUAUCAACAACCAUGUCAACAAUAAACUGUGGUAAUUUAUAAAGUUAUACCUUCUUGAGGAAUGUGAGGAAUUGGAAGACAAAAUAAGAACACAAUAUGCUAAAAACCAAAUCCCAAAGUUUUGUUAUAAAGAAAUUAAAUUUACAUAACAUUUAUGAAUUUAGCUUAUGUUCAAUACAUGUGACCCUGAGCUAAGGUAAAGGCCCAUGCUCUUUUGGGGAACACAGACUAAAUACAUAACCAUUAUAAGGAGUAUAUGCCCCCAAAACUUGUUUUUUUCUUCUCAAUAAUCCAUUUGGGUUAUCAUGUCCAAGUUACUGGAUAAUUGUAUCUACUUUAAGAGGAAAGAUACAGUAAAUAUUCAUUAAAUAGGUUGAGAAACAGACCUCCAAAAGUUCACCAAGGUUGUAACCUUCCAAAUCACAGUUUUCAAAAUUUGGUUGAAAAAGACUGUCUUUUUGCAUGUUUGGUGAAGUAAAGCUUUCCAUGGUAAAAAAAAAAAAAAAAAAAAAAAAAAAAAGGAUCUAUGAAAUAUUGCAUAAAAUUUAUCCCCAUCUCAGGUGUCAGAGGGCACACUAACACAUGACUAGCUCUGAGAAAUUCUGCAGAAGGUAAUCUGAGCACAAGCUUGUUAUGUUCAAUGAUGGUUUAGAAUCCAGAUGAAGAGUAGCUGAUUUGGUAUGCUCCUUAACCUCUCAGUACUGAAAUUAGGCUAACUCAAGAUUAGUCAUUCCUCUAAAGGAAUUAAUUUGACAUGGACCUAUGGUUUUAACAUCUGGGAAAUGCCUACAUGUGAAAAGAGUGGGAUGCCUAACUUACAGAAUGCCUAUUUAAGCUCCAUUGACAUCUUCAAUACCAGCACUCCAAACAUUAGGUUGUGACAGUUGGAAGUGUCGUGUACAACAUGCGGCGAUUAAGUCUUUCACCCACCUUUUCAAUGGGAUUUCAUCUGUUAGUUAUUGUGGCUCUCUUAUUUUCCCAUGUGGACUACGUAAUUGCCGAGACAGAAAUGGAAGGAGAAGGAAAUGAAACUGGUGAAUGCACUGGCUCAUAUUACUGUAAGAAAGGGGUAAUUUUGCCCAUUUGGGAACCCCAAGACCCUUCUUUUGGGGACAAAAUUGCUAGAGCUACUGUGUAUUUUGUGGCCAUGGUCUACAUGUUUCUUGGAGUCUCUAUCAUAGCUGAUCGGUUCAUGUCCUCUAUAGAAGUCAUCACAUCCCAAGAAAAAGAAAUAACCAUAAAGAAACCCAAUGGAGAGACCACCAAGACAACUGUGAGGAUCUGGAAUGAGACAGUUUCUAACCUGACCUUGAUGGCCCUGGGAUCUUCUGCUCCUGAGAUUCUCCUUUCAGUAAUUGAAGUGUGCGGCCAUAACUUUACUGCAGGAGACCUCGGUCCUAGCACCAUCGUGGGAAGUGCUGCAUUCAACAUGUUCAUCAUUAUUGCACUCUGUGUUUACGUGGUCCCUGACGGAGAGACAAGGAAGAUUAAGCAUUUGCGUGUGUUCUUUGUGACGGCAGCCUGGAGCAUCUUUGCCUACACCUGGCUUUACAUUAUUUUGUCUGUCAUCUCUCCUGGCAUUGUGGAGGUCUGGGAAGGUUUGCUUACUUUCUUCUUCUUUCCCAUCUGUGUUGUGUUCGCUUGGGUGGCAGAUAGGAGACUUCUGUUUUACAAGUAUGUCUACAAGAGGUAUCGAGCUGGCAAGCAGAGGGGGAUGAUUAUUGAACAUGAAGGAGACAGGCCAUCUUCCAAGACUGAAAUUGAAAUGGAUGGGAAAGUGGUCAAUUCUCAUGUUGAAAAUUUCUUAGAUGGUGCUCUGGUUCUGGAGGUGGAUGAGAGGGACCAAGAUGAUGAAGAAGCUAGGCGAGAAAUGGCUAGGAUUCUGAAGGAACUUAAGCAGAAGCAUCCAGAGAAAGAAAUAGAGCAAUUAAUAGAAUUAGCUAACUACCAAGUCCUAAGUCAGCAGCAAAAAAGUAGAGCAUUUUACCGCAUUCAAGCUACUCGCCUGAUGACUGGAGCUGGCAAUAUUUUAAAGAGGCAUGCAGCUGACCAAGCAAGGAAGGCUGUCAGCAUGCACGAGGUCAACACUGAAGUGACUGAAAAUGACCCCGUUAGUAAGAUCUUCUUUGAACAAGGGACAUAUCAGUGUCUGGAGAACUGUGGUACUGUGGCCCUUACCAUUAUCCGCAGAGGUGGUGAUUUGACCAACACUGUGUUUGUUGACUUCAGAACAGAGGAUGGCACCGCAAAUGCUGGGUCUGAUUAUGAAUUUACUGAAGGAACUGUGGUGUUUAAGCCUGGUGAGACCCAGAAGGAAAUCAGAGUGGGUAUCAUAGAUGAUGAUAUAUUUGAGGAGGAUGAAAAUUUCCUUGUGCAUCUCAGCAAUGUCAAAGUAUCUUCUGAAGCUUCAGAAGAUGGCAUACUCGAAGCCAAUCAUGUUUCUACACUUGCUUGCCUCGGAUCUCCCUCCACUGCCACUGUAACUAUUUUUGAUGAUGACCACGCAGGCAUUUUUACUUUUGAGGAACCUGUGACUCAUGUGAGUGAGAGCAUUGGCAUCAUGGAGGUGAAAGUACUGAGAACAUCUGGAGCUCGAGGAAAUGUUAUCGUUCCAUAUAAAACCAUCGAAGGAACUGCCAGAGGUGGAGGGGAGGAUUUUGAGGACACUUGUGGAGAGCUUGAAUUCCAGAAUGAUGAAAUUGUCAAAACAAUAUCAGUCAAGGUAAUUGAUGAUGAGGAAUAUGAGAAAAACAAGACCUUCUUCCUUGAGAUUGGAGAGCCCCGCCUGGUGGAGAUGAGUGAGAAGAAAGCCCUGUUAUUGAAUGAGCUUGGUGGCUUCACAAUAACAGGAAAAUACCUGUAUGGCCAACCUGUCUUCAGGAAGGUUCAUGCUAGAGAACAUCCGAUUCUCUCUACUGUAAUCACCAUUACAGAUGAAUAUGAUGACAAGCAGCCACUGACCAGCAAAGAGGAAGAGGAGAGACGCAUUGCAGAAAUGGGACGCCCCAUCCUGGGAGAGCACACCAAGUUGGAAGUGAUCAUUGAAGAAUCCUAUGAAUUCAAGAGUACUGUGGACAAACUCAUUAAGAAGACAAACCUGGCCCUUGUGGUUGGGACAAACAGCUGGAGAGAACAGUUCAUUGAAGCUAUCACUGUCAGUGCUGGGGAAGAUGACGACGACGAUGAAUGUGGGGAAGAGAAGCUGCCCUCCUGUUUUGAUUACGUGAUGCACUUUCUGACUGUGUUCUGGAAGGUCCUCUUUGCCUUCGUCCCCCCUACUGAAUACUGGAAUGGCUGGGCGUGUUUCAUUGUCUCCAUCCUCAUGAUUGGCCUACUGACAGCUUUCAUUGGAGACCUGGCUUCCCACUUUGGCUGCACCAUUGGCCUGAAAGAUUCUGUGACUGCAGUCGUGUUCGUCGCACUUGGAACAUCAGUGCCAGACACAUUUGCCAGCAAAGUGGCAGCCACCCAGGACCAGUAUGCAGACGCCUCCAUAGGUAACGUCACAGGCAGCAACGCGGUGAACGUCUUCCUGGGAAUCGGUGUGGCCUGGUCCAUCGCUGCCAUCUACCAUGCAGCCAAUGGGGAACAGUUCAAAGUGUCCCCUGGCACGCUAGCUUUCUCUGUCACUCUCUUCACCAUUUUUGCUUUCAUCAAUGUGGGGGUGCUGCUGUAUCGGCGGAGGCCAGAAAUCGGAGGUGAGCUGGGUGGGCCCCGGACUGCCAAGCUCCUCACAUCCUGCCUCUUUGUGCUCCUAUGGCUCUUGUACAUUUUCUUCUCCUCCCUGGAGGCCUACUGCCACAUAAAAGGCUUCUAAAGGAACUAUCAGAUAUAGAAAAUUUAUAUAUAUAUAUACAUAUAUAUACAUAAAAAUUAUGUAUAACGGACAGAGGAAACUGACAUUUGUCAUGUUCACUUACCUGCUGAUGGAAUCCAGCUUCAAGAGCAUACUCUGUACUAGGGCCGAAGUCAAAAACCAUCACCUCCCAUUCCCAGGGGCAUCAUCAUGUUGAACAAGGCAUGGAGGCAGGGCCAUCUUUGCAGCUCGGUCUAGAAGGGCUGCACUCUCACCAGGUUCAUAAAUCCUUCAGGCUUUGAUUUGUUUUCUUGUUUUUGAUUUUGUUUUCAGUGGGGCUGGGGAGGUAGUUAAUGUUUGGCUUUAUUUUUGUUAUUUUGUUUUGUUUUGUUUUGUUUUGUUGGGAGAGUCAGGGUUGUUGCUUUUCUUUGUGGGAAGUGAAACCAUCCAAAUGUAAAUGGGUUUUGGUAAAAAUUUAAAUCAUUAAUAUUCUCCCUUACCUCCCCCAAUCACUUUAAAACGUAUUUUGGAUUAAGAAAAAAAUCUGGGCAUGGAAGAAGAAAGAAGCAUGUCUUCAUUGUAUUACCAAAGUUCAUGCUUAUCUCCGGAAUGUGAGCAGAGGUGAAACUGCCUCCAAGAAGAAGCAUGAGAGUGGAAUGGAGCCAGGAAAUCUGAUGGUUCUAGAUAUAGUCUGGUAUUUAAAGAUGUGAUACCCGGCACUCUCGGUUAACAGGUACAAGGAAAAUGUGCCUAGAUUCCCAGAAACAUUCAAAAUCCUUUCUUUCUUAUCUCAUUAGCUCUGGACUAUGAUUAGCAAGGUCCUUCAUCUAGCAUCCAGCCCAGCUAAGCCCCCAGGUGCCCUAUCCCAACCCUGUUCCUUCUGUCCACCUGCCAUCCCCUAUGCAAACAGUAAGAAUAACCCCAUUCAAAAAACACAUCAUCAUUUUCCAUUUGCAUUAAUAUGUGUCCCAGUCCCAUGUUGCUGUUGCUUGGGAUUGUCUGUCAGUUUUAUUUUCAAAGGCAUCCAUGGCUUGCACAAUCCUGUUCCAGCCAUGACUGAACAUUUGCUCCUUGUUCAUAUGCCUGUUCGGAAAUGUUGUUGUGAUAACCUGUUACACAGUGCAUGGUGAAAAACAAAUAAAACAAAGAGUAUCUGUAUAUAGUAGAGUAUAGUACAUACUAUUCUCCCAUUCGGCAAUGUUGAUUGGACAUUGAAGACAUAAGUGAGUUUUCUUUUCACCUGAGUUGUUACUUUUGUGUUGUUAUUGAGUUUGAUUAAUUACUAGGGAUAAAAGCAGAAAACGGCUUAUUGUUCAUGGUUCCGCACAUUCAUUUCUGAGAAGCAAUAACUGUCAUGUGGGGAGAAGUUAAAGUUAUUGAGAGGAUAGCAGGCAAACUACAAAGACCUUAAUGGAAAAUUAGCCAUGUGGAACACAUCAGAGGCCUCUAAAAAUCACCCAUUAAUUCAGGAAGGCCAAGGAGAAAGGCCUUAUAGAGGCGUGGGUAUGUUGGAUGUGCCUAGGCUUUCAGAGCCACCCUUUCCACAACACCCCUCCCUGCAAAGUAUUUAUUUCACAUCUGCACUGUCCGGCACAGAUGGUAGAUAGUGCUGGUUUGUUCUUUUUUUUUUUUUUUUUUUUUUUUUUUUUUUUUUUUAUGUAAAAGGCUAUUUUGAGCCCUGUUUCUUUCACUGUCCAGUCUAGUCCCCUUUGAUUGUAUCAGUAGUUCCUGAAUAAGAAAGAAGCCAGGGUGACCAACGGGCCUUUAAAAGUGUGUCUCCUCUACUUAUGCUGAAAGAGAAGGCAAUUAAAUAAGAUUAGUACCUCCCAGGAGGAUUGGACUGGGAUGUUUUUAACCCUUUAAAAAGAAUAGCUGUUUCUAUGUUAAAAUACCAAAGAACAUGGAUAAACCCAACAUUCCAAAACAGUGAGUCCACUAAUGAGAAAAAAAAAUAGAAUGACUGGUCACCUCUUGGAGGCUUCUGUGUCUAUAAGGAAUCCCAGGCUGGAGCCAACCCUAGCCCUCUGUAUUGAUUCAAAAAUACUUAAUAAAUUAAAUCUGUUGAGACUUAUUUUUUCUUCUUUCACUCAGUAACCAUGACCCAUCAUUUAAUAAACAUUUGGUGACUGAAUGAGGAAUUAAAUGCUGGUUACUCACUUAAUGUGCCAGGUAGCGUGAUACUUUCUGGGGACUAAGCCAUGAACAAAACAGUCUAGAUCCCUGCCCUCAGAAGGGUUACAGUUAUCCCUGCCCUCAGAAGGGUUACAGUUAUCCCUGCCCUCAGAAGGGUUACAGUUAAUGCGAUUACUAUUUUCAUAAGUAAAAGUGAAGAAAGCCAUAUGGAAAGAUUUUUAUCUUGCAAGAAAAAACAAUUAUGAAACUCUUUUAACAUAAACACACUGAAACUGUAUCAAAGCAAUUGUCCAAAUGGUAUUUAUACCCAAGGUUUUCUUUAACUACGAGAGCAUAAGGCAUAUGUUUGGAAAAGCACCCUCUUUAUCCUUGACCAACUUGCAGAUAAAUACAUCUCUCCAUUUUAAACCAAGAAGGGCAAUCAUGUUGGUGAUCCAGAUCACUGAAAAGGCCCAAUGUAUCCCAUCUUUUAUCUUUGUUGGCAAUAGAACUUUUCUAUGGCCCAUACUUUACAAUUCUUUGUCAUUCUAAUCCAUCCUUCCCAUCCUUUUUUUUUUUUUUUUUUUUUUUAGAAUUGCUAAAUGGAAAGCUAGCCUGGAAGCACCAAGUAAAUAUCUUCAAGGAAUAUAAGUUGUUUAAACAUUAGAAAAAUUUUUGCACUCAUUUUUUAGCUGUAUUAGGAAUGUCGAUAAUCCUGUAGCAAAUUUUCACAGAGAACUUUUAAGAAAUUCUUGCAUUGGUCAAUUUCAAUUUGAAAGCUUUUUGGUUUGUUUGCUUUUAAAAUUUUCAUGUUCUAGCAAACUAUGAUUCUGGUUGUUCAGGAUUAUUAUAGUUGUGUAAAAUUAUUUGUUAUUUUGUGUGUAUUGUGCACAGCUUUAGGGGGGAAGUGCACUAAUUGUGCUGUUCCUUAUAAAUGGUACACAUUACUGACACAGACAAAUAAAGUUUCUAAUUGUUUCUGAUUUAAUCACUAGUGAUACAGCAUAUUCUGUAUGGAAUGUUUUCUCUUUUCUCAUUGUCAUCUACUUCAUUUUUUGUUUUCAUGUUUUGAAGAAAUAAAAACCAAAAUGGUA